GCUAUAAACUAUUUUACUCAGAUCCUUGUUAUAAUUAUCUAGACUCCUAAUUUAGUUCAUAAUCUUUGUGGUAGAAAGAAGGGCUUAAGGCAGCAUGGAUCCAAUGACCUUCUUGUUGCAUAAAUGGUGGCAAGAGCUGCAUAUAAGCAUCCCGUUGAAUCCCAGCUUUCUCUUCUCUCUGCUUCUUCUGUUCUCCUUGCUGUAUUUCCUUAAGCUUUCCAGAGGUGCCAAGCUCAACUUACCUCCCUCUCCUCCAAAACUGCCAAUAAUUGGAAACCUUCACCAGCUAGGGUCACUCCUCCACCGAUCACUCCAUGCUAUCUCUGAGAAAUAUGGCCCUUUAGUGCUCUUACAAGUGGGCAAUACCCCAUUUCUUGUAGUUUCAUCCUCCGAGAUAGCUAGGGAAGUCUUGAAGGGCCAUGAUACAGUUUUCUCAGACAGGCCCCAAACAAGGGCAACAAAUGUCCUUUUCUAUGGAUGCACUGACAUUGCAUUUUGUCCCUAUGGUGAGUAUUGGAGACAUGCAAAGAAAAUUUGUGUUCUUGAGAUUUUAAGCCAAAGAAGAGUCCAAGGAUUUCAAUUUGUGAGGGAAGAAGAAACUGGGGAAAUGGUUGAGAAGAUUCAACGCUCAUGUAAGAAUGGAGCAGCAAUUGAUCUUGGUGAGAUGUUUGUUACUAUCUCAAACAACAUAACUUGUAGAUCUUCCCUUGGUCAAAAGUAUGAAGGAGAAGAAGGUAGCAUGAGUUUUGAACAUUUAUUAAGGAAGGCAAUGGGGCUUGUAGGAGCAUUUUGCUUUGGAGAUUUCUUUCCUUCUUUGGGAUGGAUUGAUGUUCUAACUGGAUUUUCUAGAAGAUUAAGAACCACUUCUAAAGCAAUUAAUACAGCCCUUGAUCAAAUAAUUGAAGAACAUGAGAAAAGAGGUGAUACCGACCAAUCUGAUAGGAAAGACUUUGUGGAUAUUCUUCUCUAUCUUCAGAAGAAUGGCAUGCUUGAAAUCGAUCUCACAAAAGAAAACAUCAAAGCGAUCCUUCUGGACAUGUUUAUGGGAGGAACUGAUACCACUGCAUCAACCAUGGAAUGGGCAAUGGCAGAGCUUGUAAAAAAUCCUAGUGUGAUGAGGAAAGCCCAAGAAGAGGUCAGAGCCGUUGUGGGAAAAGUAAAAAAAGCAAAGGUAGAUGAGGCUGAUAUAGAUCAGAUGGACUACUUAAAGUGUGUUGUCAAAGAAACUCUGAGAUUACAUGCUCCUGUUAUGAUUUCUCGCAAAUCAUCUGCAAGUGCCAAAGUUGAAGGUUAUGAUAUUCCUCCCGGAACAACCAUCUUGGUCAACACAUGGACAAUUCAAAGGGAUCCCAAGUUAUGGGACAGGCCGGAGGAGUUUCUCCCAGAGAGGUUUAUAAACAACCCGAUUGAUUUCAAAGGCCAUCAUGAUGAGUUCAUUCCGUUUGGUAUGGGGCGCAGGGGCUGCCCCGGGAUAGCAUUCGCUAUCAUAGAAGCUGAAUAUGUGUUGGCUAAUCUCUUGUACUGGUUUGACUGGGAGUUGCCAGAUGGUGCAACUUUGGAGCAAUUGGACAUGAGUGACAUGUAUAGGCCAAUAAUUGGCAAGAAAACACCACUUCUCCUUGUACCAUUAUUGCAUUCUCCUAAAUGAGCAAUACAUGAUCAUCCGUUUUGUAAUAUUUUUCAUGAGAAUUCAUCACAAUAGAAUGGUUUCCUUAAAA